AUGGCUCCAGGACAAAAUGUGUCUUCUGAGUCAUAUACACUUUUCUUUUUCUUCAAAAUCUUUUUUUCUUUUCUUGCUCUCUUCUCUCUCUCUCUCUCUCUCUCUCUCUCUCUCUCUCUCUCUCUCUCUCUCUCUCUCUCUCUGUCUUUCUUUCUUCUCGCUUUAUCACAUUAUUUUUUGCUUCUUUCUCUCCUUCUUUUCUCUUACUUUACUCGUUUUUCUCUCUCUCUUUCUUUCUAUCUUUCUAUUUCUAUUCUUUCCGUCUUUCUUUUUCACUUCUCUUUCUCUCUUUCUUUUACUCUCCUUUCGCCUUUUUCUUCACUCGUUUUACUCUCUUUUAUCUUCUUUGUCACUUUCCUCUCUCGUCCUUGUCUCGCUCCUAUCUCUUUCUUUUCUCUUUCUCUCUCUUUCUCUUCUCUUUUUCAUUUCUCUCUCUCUCUCACGCCUCCCUUCUUACUCACUGAAACUUUUACCCACAUUCAUGUUAAAAUAUCAACAGCUAACAUACGAAAAUCCCUGGAAGCCUUUCCCUCUUCUCUUAUUUCUUCCUACCCACCCCAACACAGACGAGCCAAUCGAAAAUUAGACAUUCUGGGCGACGCCGACCGCCUCUGUCUCUCGCUCCCUCUCUCUCUCUCGUUCUCUCACUCUCGUUCUUUCUCUCACUCUCUCUUGUUCCUUCUCUUACUCUCUCUUUCUCGCUUUCUCUCUCUCUCUCUCUCUCUCUCUCUCUCUCUCUCUCUCUGGAUGCUUUUAAAUUGA